CAUCUGACAUUUGAUAAUCUUUUCACCGGCCUCGAAGGGGCAUGUUGUCUUUUUUACAUAAAUAACUUUAAAUAAAUUAAAAUACAAAAUGAUAAGAACGAAAGCGAUUUCCAUUUUAAAUUUAACAAGUCAAAGAAGCUUUCAAAAAAGUCGUCAUUUCAUAUUGACCUGCCAAAAUCACAUAGAAUCUGAAAUACAAGCAGUGCCAAGUUUACAGCCCAGAGAUGCGUCAAUUGUUCUAUUUCCUGGACAAGGAGCACAAUAUGUUGGCAUGGGAAAGGAUCUAUUGCGUUUCCCAGAAGCCCGUUCAAUAUUCCAGUUGGCGAAUGAAGUUCUAAAGUAUGACCUCCUAAAAGUCUGUCUUGAAGGCCCCAAAGAAAAGUUGGACUCAACGGAAUUCGCCCAGCCUGCUGUCAUGGUCACAUCACUAGCUGCCUUAGAGCAGCUCCGAGAAGAACGUCCAAAAGCCAUAGACAACUGCAUGGGAACAGCUGGCUUCAGUUUGGGCGAGAUAACUUCGUUGGUCUAUGCAGGUGCCAUACCUUUCGAUAAGGCCCUCAAAUUAGUGCAAGUUCGAGCCACUGCAAUGCAAGCUGCCUGUGAUCAAGUUAAAAGUGGAAUGAGCAUGGUCAUAUUCGGUCCAGACUCCGAAAUCAACGAAGCCUGCAAUCAGGCAAAGCAAUGGUGUUUGGAAAAAGGUCUAGAAAAUCCAACAUGCUGCAUUGCCAAUUACCUUUAUCCACAUUGUAAAGUGAUAGCUGGAAAUAUCGAAGCUCUCGAGUACCUAGAGAAGAAUGCAAAGAAUUUCAAAAUACGCCGAAUGAAACGCAUUGCUGUCAGUGGAGCAUUUCACACACCAAUUAUGGAAUCUGCGGUCCAGCCAUUCGCAAAAGCCCUCCGAUCGGUAGAAUUGAUGGAUCCUUUGAUAAAGGUUUACUCCAAUGUCGAUGGGAAGACUUACCGAAAUGCAGAACAUAUCCGAAAACAACUUCCCAAACAGAUUGUAAAACCAGUUAAAUGGGAACAAGUCCUACACAUGAUUUACGGACGGAAACAGGGUACAGAUUUUCCUAGAACUUUUGAAUGUGGACCUGGUCGAGGUUUAAAUCAGAUCUUGAGCAAAGUCAAUGCGAAAGCACACAACUCUGCAUUUAAUGUCGAAGCGUAGCAUGGUAAAAAUUUAAUAAAAUAUUUUAUAAAAUAAAUAUAAAUAUUAAAAUCCCGUUAAAUUGUUAUUAAGAGGGCUGGGGUUG